GUUUAAUUAGUUUGUUGGAAUCUAUCGAAUCAUCUUCAACGCUUAUCUUCUCUUCCCAUCCUUCCUUGUCUGCAGAUUUUCGCAUCAUAAAUCCCACCCAAAUCCGACCCCCAGCCCCUUCCUCUGCUCUUCAGAUUGUCCAACGCGCGUACAUUGUUAUAUUAGGAAGCUGUUAUGGCUUCGUUGAUGCUCAAUUCAGUGAAUUGUAAUGCUGGUAGAGCUCUUAAAUUCGAGUACGUGGGUCUUAGGCCAGUGAAAGUGCAUCACAACAUUGUUGGUGCAAACCUGAAUUCGAUUAAAAUCGCGCCUCUAAAGCUCACAAUAAGAGCUGCGGACGAUGGUGCGCGUAAGAAGAUUGGAUUAAGUGAUGAGGAAUGUGAGGCUGCAGUGGUUGCUGGUAAUGUUCCGGAGGCGCCUCUGGUGCCUCCAAAACCUCUUGCACCGGCCGGAACACCUGUUGUUUCUCCCCUUCCACUUAAGAGGAGACCGCGUCGAAACCGUAGGACGCCUGCAUUGAGAGGGGCGUUCCAAGAAACGAAUAUAAGCCCUGCAAACUUGGUUUAUCCACUUUUCAUUCAUGAAGGUGAAGAGGAUACUCCAAUAGGAGCAAUGCCCGGAUGCUAUAGGCUCGGGUGGAGACAUGGACUUGUGGAAGAGGUUGCUAGGGCUCGGGAUGUUGGUGUUAACAGCAUCGUGCUAUUUCCAAAAGUUCCUGAUGCUUUAAAGACUUCUACUGGAGAUGAAGCUUAUAACAAAAAUGGAUUAGUGCCUCGAGCCAUACGGCUUCUUAAAGACAAGUAUCCUGAUCUGAUCAUUUACACGGAUGUUGCCUUGGAUCCUUAUUCCAGCGACGGCCAUGAUGGCAUUGUCAGAGAAGACGGUGUUAUAAUGAAUGAUGAAACCGUGCAUCAGUUGUGCAAACAGGCUGUAGCCCAGGCUCAAGCAGGAGCAGACGUCGUUAGUCCCAGUGAUAUGAUGGAUGGCCGUGUAGGGGCUAUCCGAGCUGCCCUUGAUGCUGAAGGCUUCGAGCAUGUCUCCAUUAUGUCUUACACUGCCAAGUAUGCUAGUUCAUUCUAUGGUCCUUUCCGGGAGGCAUUAGACUCGAAUCCACGUUUUGGCGACAAGAAAACGUAUCAGAUGAACCCUGCAAAUUAUCGGGAGGCUCUGAUUGAAACCCGUGAGGACGAGGCAGAAGGCGCCGAUAUUCUUCUGGUGAAACCGGGAUUACCUUACUUGGACGUAAUAAGGCUUCUCCGGGAUAGCUCCCCGUUGCCCAUCGCUGCAUAUCAGGUAUCGGGUGAAUACUCGAUGAUUAAAGCCGGAGGCGUUCUUAAAAUGAUCGAUGAAGAGAGGGUCAUGAUGGAGUCCUUGAUGUGUCUCCGACGAGCUGGCGCAGACAUCAUCCUCACAUAUUUCGCCUUGCAGGCUGGUCGAGUCUUAUGCGGCGAGAAAAGUCUUGACGAAUUGUGUCGAGUGGCGUAGAUAAUUGGCGCUCGUGUAGAUAUCUCUCGGCAAUCGCAGCAUGUGUUGCAGCGCCUGCAGGGAGGGCGUCUUCGUCGAUGGUGAAGUGAGGAGAAUGAGGUGAGUGAACGGACCCGAGCUUUUCGUUCUUGAUUCCUAUGAAGAAGAACGUUGACGGGAUCACUUCUGAGUAGAACGAGAAGUCCUCCGAUCCCAUCAACGGUUGGAUCACCUCAAAAUUCGCGUCGCCUCCCAAAUCGACGACAGCCUUCUUCAUGUGUUGGUAAGCCCCGGCGUCGUUCACUGUUGGCGGAUAUAUCGUGUCCUUAUCUCUAAAGGAGUCGACGGUUGCCGAGCAUUUGUAUACCUUAGCUUGCGCGACGAUCACCUGUUUCCCGGCGCGAAAGGUUCAGUUUCUCAACAAGUUGGUAGAAGCUCGAGCUCGAGAAAGCCCUCAACGUGCCACCGAAUUCGACCCUCCUCGGCGUCGAAUCCAGACCAUCUUCGCUGUUCAAGAAAGUUACCGAAAGUACCUGAGAGUCCAAAGGAUUGGACUCCCGCGAUACGAUUCCCUGUAAACUGAUCACUGCUGCCGAGGCAGCCAAAACGGGGUCACCGCGCUGAGUGUUCCCGGAGAGUUCGCCGGUAAUUACAGCUUUGAAGAAGCCACAUCCCGCGAGCAAAGGACCGGGCCUCGAUCCAAUCACGCCGGUAGGAAGUAAGUGCGAAACGUGCACUGCGUAUAUAGCUUCGACGUCUUGAAUCGCCCCGUCUUCGAUCAUCCGCUUCGCGCCAUUCCCGGCUUCCUCGGCGGGCUGGAAAAGAAGCACUACUGUACCCUGUAAUUAAGUUCAAUGUCACCAUCAGAGGUUAAAAAAAAGAAAACCAAAAGGGAGAGGAUAAAACAAGAAAUCGACAUAAGUUGUUCGAUCACAUGGGGAUUGGUACACACAAGUUGGGCAGACAAGGUAAUUAUCUAAAGCUUUCUGUAGAUUGUGAAACCAACGAUUCUCCUGUCACUACUAAAAAAGAAAACUACGGAUUCUCCAUUGAUGACAAAAAAGGAGGUCCAGUCCAUCUCGUACCUUAAAGUCACCAAAAAAUGAAACGUAGGAAAUUCUUCCCCAGUCACAAUCAACAAUGGAGGUA